AACAUGGCGACAGAAUGGAGUGGGAAAGGGUGCACGCUGACUUUAUUGCUGUUCAUUUAUAGCGGAGUCUGUGUGAAUGGAGUGGAAUCCACGAGAAGCGACAGCCGGAUUCUCGGCGUGCGCCUGGAGAGGAGCGACAAGCCCGCCACGACCACCGAUGAUGGGAUCCUACAGGUAACCGAGGAUAGCAACAUCCUGCUUAGGUUCUACGGACUGCAGAUCAGCAAUGACACCUGGUCACAGAUUAAGUUCAUAGAGCAGGGUGAGGACAGCAACGCUGACUUCAACAGGACUUGUGUUGAUUUCACUAAAGACAUCUCAAUCGUAGCUAGUAUGAAUGUCAACAGCCAGGGCACAUCAGGGGUGCUGGGGGUCAAAAUUAAACCACUUAGGAAAAGCGAGUCCCAGAGGGAUUAUGGUCUGUGCAUUAGACACAGCCAAGAUGGAAAGUGGAACCUCCUGGGAGAGAAUGAUGGAAAGUUACGAGUGCUGGAAGAGAAGAAGUCACUACUUCCCAUUUGGUUCCAGGUGAUUUUGAUCGUCUGCCUUAUGGUGCUGUCAGGUAUGUUCAGUGGGCUGAACCUUGGUCUCAUGGCUUUGGACCCCAUGGAACUGCGAAUCGUGCAGAGUUGUGGCACGGAUAAAGAAAAGAAUUAUGCACGUAAGAUCGAACCCAUUCGGAGAAAAGGGAACUACCUGUUGUGCUCGCUUCUCCUUGGAAACGUAUUGGUCAACACCACACUGACAAUCUUACUCGAUGACCUGAUUGGCUCUGGUUUGGGUGCUGUGGUGGCAUCAACCAUUGGCAUCGUCAUCUUUGGUGAGAUUGUUCCUCAGGCGCUCUGCUCUCGCCAUGGCUUGGCGGUGGGUGCCAACACCAUCCUCGUCACCAAGUUCUUCAUGCUUGUGACCUUCCCGUUGUCCUACCCAAUCAGUAAACUUCUAGAUUGUGUGCUGGGUCAGGAGAUUGGCACUGUAUACAACCGAGAGAAGCUGGUGGGGAUGCUGAAGGUGACCGCGCCAUACAACGACCUGGUGAAAGAGGAGAUGAACAUGAUCCAGGGAGCUCUGGAGUUGAGGACUAAGACAGUGGAGGACAUUAUGACUCCACUCAAUAACUGCUUCAUGAUCAACAGCGACACUGUCCUGGACUUCAACUCCAUGUCUGAGAUCAUGGAGAGUGGCUACACCCGCAUCCCUGUUUUUGAGGUCGAACAGACCAAUAUCGUGGACAUUCUCUAUGUGAAAGACCUGGCGUUUGUGGACCCAGACGAUUGCACUACAUUGAAGACCAUCACAAAGUUCUACAACCAUCCAGUCCACUUUGUUUUUCACGACACCAAGUUAGAUUCCAUGUUGGAGGAGUUUAAAAAAGGUAAAUCCCACUUGGCAAUUGUUCAGAAAGUUAAUAAUGAGGGGGAGGGAGAUCCGUUCUAUGAGGUGCUGGGAUUGGUCACCCUGGAAGAUGUCAUUGAAGAGAUCAUCAAAUCAGAAAUCCUGGAUGAGUCUGAUCUUUACACUGAUAACCGCAACAGAAAGAAAGUGGCACACAAUAAGAACAAGCGUGACUUUUCUGCCUUCAAACAAGAGAGUGAAUCUAAAGUCAAGAUCUCUCCUCAGCUGCUGUUGGCCGCUCACCGCUUUCUUGCAACAGAGGUUAAUUUGUUCAGUCCAUCUCAAAUAUCAGAGAAAGUUCUUCUUCGAAUCCUUAAGCACCCUGAUGUGAUCCAAGAGAUCAAAUUCAACGAGAACGACAAGCGAUCAGCUCACCACUACCUUUACCAGCGCGGCAAACCGGUGGACUACUUCAUACUAGUACUGCAGGGCCGUGUGGAAGUGGAGGCUGGGAAUGAAAAUAUGAAGUUUGAAACCGGACCCUUCUCUUUCUAUGGAGCCAUGGCUCUUAGUGCACCGACACUUGUGAAUGUGUCUCGUCCUCGUCACCUGUCUCUUAAGAGAUGCUCUCUCUUCUCUCGUUUCCCAGAAUUCCGUUCACCCUCUCAUAUUAGCGGACUGAACCGAUCUGCGUCUCUGAGCUACACGGAUCGCCCUGAACCUCAUUCCAUAAGUGGCAGCAAUACACAGCUCAGCAGCAACCCCUCGCUGCAGUACACACCAGACUUCAAUGUCCGAGCUCUCGUGGACCUACAGAUUGUUAAGAUCACACGCUCUCAGUAUCAAAAAGGUCUCGUGGCCUCAAGGUUGGACAGCUCGCCGCAUUCUCCCGACAGCGGACGCAUGUGUAUGGAAAACAGUACAUCUUCAGCCCCCCUUCUCUCAUUAGAAAACAUGUUCAAUCUUACAGAAGCCCCUGAUGAGAUGACCUCACUCCUCAAUGAGCAAAACUGCCUGCCUGCACGCCAGGCUAACCACAACACACAUAACGAGAGUGCCAUCUGAUACACUUAGACAAAAUCAUAAACACACACUUACAUCGGUAAGCACAUGGUUUCUCACUGGCAUACACAAUCAACCACUUGACAAAUGGACGUAUUGAGAUCCCAUACACUUACAGGAUGUUAAGCACUUUUUCAGACAUUGAUUAAAAUAUACUUGUAAAAUCAGACCCCUUUUAACGCUAGAAAAAAUAGCUGUCAGCAACUUGAUUCAGAGACUGUGGUAAAUGACUGGGGGCUAUAAGGAGCAAUAGUUUGACAAGUCAGCUGAUGAAGACCUUGUGUAAUAAAUCGUGCAAGACGAAAGCACAGAAAAGCCAAAGUGUACCUGAACGGAUAAGGGCCCCUGUUUCAAACAGAGACUGUUUUUGAGGCAUUUUAUAGACUGUGCGAAUAGAGACAUUUAUAUAUAUGAAAAUGUUUAUUUCGUCAUCUUUCUAUCGAGAUCGCUCAUAGAAAUUUGCUGAAAGUCAUUGUGAAAGAGGGAAACUGUGGAUGCCUUUUUUAAAUUUCAUUUUGAUGUCCAUACACUGCAAAUCAGUUUCUUAACCUGUAUGUUUUGUAUUGUUUUUCUGAGAAAAAGAAUAUCGAAACCGCCUUAGAACAAGAUGCGUUUAAUUGAGAAGCGGUAAGAAAAAUAAACGUAAUUCAGGACAUACUGUAUUCUAUGAAAUCAAGUCGUGUUGCCUGAAACUGUUCUACUUUUACUACUAUUUUUUUUUCUUGUUUUAAAGGGAUGGGCCACCCCAAAAAUCCGUCACCAUUUACUCAUCCUCAUGAUGUUCCAAACCCGUUUCACUUUCUUUCUUCUGUGGAACACCAGUAGUUAUAUUCUAGGCAGAAUGUUCAGGACUGACAGCCUCAGUCACUGUUCAUUAUGCAUUGUAUGGAAAAAAAGUUGUAAGUGAAUUGGGACUGAUGUUGUCAGUUCUGAACAUUCUGUCUAACAUCUCCUUUUGGAAAGCGAAAGAAAGAGAGUCAUUAGGAUGAAUAAAUGGGGACUUAAUUGUCAUUUCUGAGUGAACAAUCCCUUUAGGGAUGUUUUGAUAUUUUAUUUUUAUUUUUUUACUGGAAAUCAAGACAAAAAUACUAAUUAAGAAACAGAUUUUUUUGCAGUGCAGCUACUUUGUACCAAAUUAUAUCACAAGUGUGUGUGUAUGGGAGUGAAAGAUCUGAAAGGGAGUUUGUGACAGGGAUAUUUACGCAAGUGAGUGUGUGUUUGUAUAUAUGACAAUGCAUGAAUCAGAUUUUACCAUUGCAGCCCAAGAAAGAUAAAACUCAGGGAGACACUGAGCUUCACAUACAAACUGUGUGUUAGUCCUUUGACAAUUCGCGGUUCAUUUAUGUGAACACGUGACAAGUGAUCAAAAUAUACGUGAAGCAUGCUGUUGUUAAAUGCACCAAAUACUGAAAUAUUAAAAUACACUGCAUUUCAUAUGACGCAUACACGUGUCAUCCACAUGUCAUUUUUACAUCAGAUAUUUCUGCUGGGUGUCUGUGGAAAUUGGUCAUGAUUCAGUGUUUGUGUAAAACUGCAUCAAGUCUUAUGUAAGUUAAAGGGAUAGUUCACCCAAAAAUGAAAAUGUUCUUCUCAUUUACACACCCUCAUGCCAUCCCAAAAUUCAUGUUUGAAUAUUUUCUUCUUCUGCAGAACGC